AGAGAGACCUUAAAUUCCCUUAAAAGCUCCUACCAUUUCCAGAUUUACUAGCCAAAGCAAGGCGCUCGACUCAUAUAUGAGGAAGCUUCGCCACACGUUUUAAGGCACCAGUGUGUACGGGACCUGACGUGACGCGGCAGUGGGGCUGGCUUUCCUCCACUCUGCCUGCAUUCAUAAACGGAUAUGAUAAACCAGCGUUGAAUGCACCGGAGAAGCGAUAACAGUCAGCUCUUACCAUGGCGGAAGAGGACGACGCGGGGAUUCGGAUUUUACAGAGCCUGCGGGGUAAAAUAUGUGAAGCUAAGAACCUAGGUCCAGUCUCGGGUCCAAAUCGACAAAGGGAUCUCUGCACCUUUUGCACCAUAAGUCUGGAUCAGGAGGAGGUGUUCCGCACCAAGGUGUUUGACAAAAGUGUCAGCCCUUUCUAUGGAGAGGACUUCUACUUUGAGAUCCCACGACCAUUUCAGUGUUUAUCCUUCUAUGUUUAUGCCAAGAGUGUUUUUCAAAGGGACCUACCUGUUGGCAAGGUGUCAAUCCGGAAGGAUGACCUGUGUAAAUACAGUGGGAAGGAGCACUGGUUUAGCCUUCAUCCGGUAGAUCCAAACUCAGAAGUCCAGGGUAAGGUUCACUUGGAAAUGCGAUUGAAUGAAGUGAUCACAGACAACGGCUCAGUAGGUCAACACUUACUAGUCCGGAUAAUAGAGUGCCAGGGACUGCCUUUGAUCAGUGGGCAGAACUGUGACCCCUAUGCCACAGUGUCACUCGUUGGACCUGCCAGGUCUGACCAAAAGAAAACAAAGGUAAAGAAGAAAACCAGCAACCCUCAGUUUGAAGAGACCUUCUUCUUUGAGGUCACACGGUCCAGCAGCUACUCAAAAAAGUCUCAUUUCCAAGUGGAGGAGGAGGACAUCGAAAAACUUGAGAUCAAAGUUGAUUUGUGGAACAACGAGAAUCUGGCUCAGGAUGUGUUUCUGGGGGAGACGCGAGUCCCUGUCAAGAUCCUACAAAAUGACCGCGUCCACAGAGCCUGGUAUCUCCUCCAGCCCAAAGGGAACGGCAGCAAGUCCAAGUCUGAUGAUUUGGGAUCCUUGCGUUUGAAGCUGACCUACAUAGAAGACACAGUGCUGCCAUCUGCCUACUACACACCACUCUGCAACCUGCUGCUUAAAUCCCCAGAUGUGAAGCCCAUCUCAGCGUCCGCAGCACACAUUUUGGGGGACAUCUGCAGAGAGCGAUAUGAGGCUGUUCUGCCCACGGUUCGACUGCUGCUCCACCACAAUCGCUGUGUGCCUUUUGUCUCUGCUGUGGCAGCACUAGAGCUGGACAACACUCAGGAGGCUAACACUAUAUUCCGUGGCAACUCACUGGCGACACGCUGCAUUGAUGACAUGAUGAAGAUUGUGGGAAAGAAUUACCUGGCAGUUACCCUGAAGCCUGUAAUAGAUGAGAUUUGUGAAUCCAACAAAACAUGUGAGAUAGACCCAGUUAAACUAAAGGAAGGAGACAACGUAGAGGUCAAUAAGGAGAACCUUCAGGGUUAUGUCCAGAAAGUCUUUUCUUCAAUCACCCAGUCAAGUUCCAGCUGUCCCCCACUUAUGUGUGAUGUCUUCAGGUCACUGAGACACUUGGCCUGCAAACGCUUCCCAGCUGACCCACAUGUUCAAUACUCGGCCGUUAGCAGCUUUGUUUUCCUGCGGUUCUUCGCCGUUGCUGUUCUUACUCCCCACUCCUUCCAGCUCCGUUCCCACCAUCCUGAUCCUGAGAUUUCCCGCACACUCACACUCAUCUCAAAAACAAUCCAGACGCUGGGUAGCUGGGGUAGUUUGUCAAAAAAACUGUCUAGUUUCAAAGAAACCUACAUGUACGACUUCUUCAAAUCAUUCCAAGAAGACAAGUGUAUCGAAAAAGUUAAAAAGUUUCUUGACGAGAUCUCCUCUAACGUCAGCAAGGAGUCCAGUGGGCUGGAGGACGCAGUGGUUCUCAAGGAGGGGGAAGUACAGAAGCGUGCCCAGGGGAGAAAACGCCUUGGCAAGAAGAACUUUAAAAAGAGAUGGCUCAGAGUGACCAACAGGGAGCUCUCCUACCACAAACAUAAAGGAAAAGAGGCCCUCUGCAUCAUCAAUGUCAAAAAUAUCCAGGCGGUGGAGAAACUGGAUGAAAGUGCCUUUAACCGCAAAAAUAUGUUUCAGGUGGUCCACUCUGAGAAGCCUCUGUAUGUGCAAGCAGGAAACUGUGUAGAGGCCAGUGAGUGGUUGGAGGUCCUGGGCCCGGUCAGUCGCUGCAAUGAGGGACGCCUAUCCACCUUUCAUCCUUCAAAUUACAGCAGUGGAGCCUGGCAGUGUUGCAAAAGCCAAAGUAGCAAUGCACCAGGCUGUAAGCCCUGCACAACCACCGUGCUGGCCAACCUGCAGCUGGACAUAGACUGUGACCGGGAAACGGAGAGAAUAUUCUCCCUCCUCUCCGUAAACGAUACCAAGCUCCAGAACAUGGAGGAUGCAUGUGCCAGUAUGGCGGUGUACCAGGGCCCUCAGCGGGAGCAGGAGGACUACUCCAAGUUCACCAUUCAGGAACCCAAAGAGACCUUUCAGACACUCAAACAGCUCCGAAACAUCAUGGAGGAACUUCAGAGGCAGCACAACAUCAGGAGAGACGCAACGGCACAGUACGGAAGCCUGGACAACCCCAUAGUAGGGAAAACCUCUUAACCCCGGGCGGGAAGGUGGGGCCUGAAACAGCCAUACUGUACCAGCAGGUGUCAGUACACCACACAGAGCCUACGGUCCUAAAGGAGCCCCUGGAGUUGUCCCAGCGGGACCGCCCGCUGUGUGUCCGGGAGAAGAGCAUACAAUACACCCUGACCUCCAGACAUCAUGAUUCCACUACAGCAGUGACCGCCUAAGAAGGGGAACCAGAACGAGCUGCUCUCCUCGGUCCCUGAAAUGAACGAACCCUUAGGUGUUUUCUUUGGCAGUACAUUGCCUCGUCUCCACCCCUCCUCUGGUCCCUUAUAAAGAGACACUUUCCUCGUCUUAAUUUAUGUCCUCUUUGACGUCUACAGCUGUGUGAAAAAGGCAUCAUUAGAUGGUGUGUGAAUAGGCUGCUAAUGUUUUUUUUUGUUUUUUUUAUAUCAACAGUUGCGAUGAUGCUCUCCCAAAUCGUUCAAGGUUUUGCUCUGACAUCUGUCUUUAGAGUUGAUUUUAAUAAUCAUCUUUCUGGAGGAUCGUCCUCUAUUUGUGCCCAUUUUAUCUUUCUCUACUGUCUUAGUGUCCUUCCUCUUCUGAACAAAUGUUUAUGUAUAUUUUCAGAGGACAGUUAAGUAGAUGAAACCGAUCUGCCUUACCUUGAUGGAUGUUUCUUUCACAGUAAAUGCUGAGGGAAUAAUGCAGAAGCACUUUAAAUAUUUGGAGCACUCCAAAUGGAAAUGAUUAGAUACUUGGUAUCAGCUUUCCCCAUUUUGAUCAGUUACAUGAUCUUGAGUACAUUUUUUUUGUUUCAUUCCUGUACAAUAACAUUUAUAGCCUUUAGAUUUUAAGAUAUUUUUCUCAACCAAAGACAAUUUCAUAGGUUUGACUUGAAAAAAAAGAAACGAUUAAUGUAUUUUGAAUACAGAUGUUUUAAAAAUGGAGACACAUACACAUACACACACACACACACACACACACACACACACACACACACAUAUAUCAAAAAUUAGUUUUUUGUUUAUGUUUUUGCUAACAUACUCUUUUACGUUUUAGUGACUUAAGGCGAGCAUGCUGCGUUCAGUUUGGAAUCCUGAUGGCACAUGAUUGUGUCCCUGUGAUUGUGAAUCGUACUGGUACGGUGUACAUUAGAUCUGUGCUGUCAUGUUGAGAGCAUCGCAACAUACAUACAUACACUGUAGUGGCUUAUGUAAGAAAUGAUGGAGGAAAUGCAGAGAGGAAUCCAUCAGAAUAACAAAUUAGAAUUAGUCCAGACAAUCACGGCAACCAACAAACACAUUUUUGUUUUAUUUUUCAAACCAGCAACUCCAGCUGGUGUACUUAAUGGUUUAAGAGAAUCUGUUUAAGAUGUGGCACUCUGUGGUUUAGAGUUAAGUUAUUUACAAAGUUAGUCGCAGCACUCCACUGCCAAAAUAUUCAAAAGUCUGUCUUUUUUUAAAAAAAAAAGAAGAAAAAAAAAAAGAUACAUUCGUUAAAAAUGAUGCACAUCAUCAUGUUCCUGGUGUGACUCAUAUCCUAGAAUUUUUUUUUUUAUCCUAACAAUCAUAUCUGAUCAAUACAGUAAUAUAAAAUAGUCUAUCAGCUGUUUUAUAAAUGCUCAUCACAAGUUAUCAGCCCCUAUGGUCGAACAGAAUUCAAUUAAUUAUAUGAAGCUGAUACAAGCAACCAAAUCCUCCCCAAAUUUUAAGAUCUAACCAGCAAAUGUUUUUACGUUUUUACUGAUUUAUUUUUCUGUUGGUCGACUUAUUGAUUAAUCAACAAAUCAUUUUUGCGCUGGAGAAAACUGAACAAUCAAACUUGUGAUUCAAUCCUGGAUUACUUUUUAUUGUUUUCCAUCAUUUGCCCAUUUGAACAAUGAAGUGUUGAAAAGAUACAAAAGAAACUUGAAUAUAUUUUAACAACAAAAGUUGAACAUGUAAUGCUGAUAAUACAGGGUUAACCGUGUAUUUUAUUUUGCCUGUGGAAAUAAUUUUUGUUUGUGUUUGGUCUGUCAUAUAUUUCUAACAUGCAUGUAUUGUGUAUUUAACAAUUUAUUUUUCUAGGAAAAUGUUUUUGUAUCUUUUGUUUUUUUUUUAAACACCGAUUUAAUGUGUUGCUAUACUGGUACGGUACCUUGUUCUUUGUCUGCAGAGCUUCUUUGAGGCUUUUGUUUUUGUCCCAGAGUUGUUCCCUUUACUGACUGUAUGUGGUUGUAGCUGCUGCCAAACCUCCACUUGUUGAUAGCUUAACGCAGUGCUACUGAAGUGAAUAUUGUGUGUAACGUCCCACAGAGCUGCAGCUGGUACUGACUAAGUCCACACGCAGGUUGGAAGUGAAUGAACUGCCUAAUCAGAGCCAAAAUACAACUGUAAAAUGAUUGAUUUUAAUUAAGACAUUGAUCAUUGGAUGAACUUUGCCUAUGCUUGUGAAAGGUUUUCAGUUGGACAAGGUUGGGGGAAAAAAAGGAUGACUGGACCAAAUUUCAACAGCAAUAUGUGGACCCUAACCAAUCGCAGCAUAAAGUUAUUGUUAUAUGGUGUAUAAGCUUGCAUGUCAACUCCAUUGCCAGUUUAAUAAGAGCCAGUAAACUAGUGGUUGAUGUCUUCUGGUUGUUUGCUCCUAUUCAUAUGAAGAUGAUUAGGUGAACAUGUUUUGGGGUUUAAAUUCCAUUCACUUGGUCACAAAAUUAUGCUUUUAUCUGCUUUUAAUAAGGGAUUUCUUUCCAUUUGUUUCUCUGUGUCUGCACAUUGUCUCUAAAAUAAACAGUCCUUGUCAGCAUGUGGAUGAGAUGCAUGUGGAAACGCGUGCAGUGGCCUGGUAGCGGUUGACUAUCUCAUAUAAUAUUACCAAACUGAAAGGGAUGUGCUUUAAACGAUCAGAUGAAAAACAUCAAUCAAGGUGGUAGUAGUCAACUCACACAUCUGAUGUGUGUUUCUGAGCACUUAAUAUUAAUUACAGAAGCGAGGGAAAAAGUCCAGGUUAAUGCCAGGACAAAAAUAUGAUUUCAGGGUCUGCUUCAAGCACGACAACAAUAUCAAAUUUUCUCUUCGAUUUACAGCCGUAAAAUUGCAAAACCAAGCUUUUCUUCCUGCCCGUCACCUUACAUCGGUUCUGUCAGUCACAGCGCAUGAGUACAAUAAACAAUUUGUUUGAAGACUUCAUGGGAUGUUUUUUUUUUUCUGAAAUCUAAAAGCUUGUUUCUUCACAUGUCCAACUCAUUUCACCUGAAUGUCUCCAUACUUCUUCGGUACAUUAUCUGUUCUUUUUAUACACAUUAAAUAUAUUGUUUUCCACA